AUCGAUGCGAUGUGUUGUGGAGGGUUGAGCCCCUUCGGAGGGCCUAUUUGACGGAAGCGCGGAGGGGUUUGUAUGGUGGCCGGGCCUGGCUGUUUAGCGGUGGUACGGUCCUGAAUGGAGGAAGUGUUUUCCUGCGGGGUAAACAGUGACAGCUAUAGGGCAGACUCCCUCAGCCCCCUAAAAACAAAUCGAAAAUGGAUUCAGACAGUAAACUGGUCGCCCAGCUGAAUUCUGAACUCUACUUCCUAAUCGCCCGCUUUCUACAGUCUGGACCGUGCCAGAACGCAGCAGAGACGUUGAUCCGGGAGGUGGAGGAGAAGGAGCUACUGCCCACACGACGGGACUGGACGGGGAAGGAGCACCCAGGGAGAUACGAAGAUUUGGUGAAGCUGUAUGGCCACAUCAGUCCGGACCACCUGCUGCAGGUGUGCCAGAGGGUGUGUCCUCUUCUGGAGGAGGUGGUUCCUGCCAGCGUCCCCGGGAUCCACAGUCUGCUGGGGGCAGGGCGACAGAGCCUGCUACGCACCAAUAAGAGCUGUAAGCAUGUGGUGUGGAAGGGUUUGGCCCUGGCAGCACUGCACUGUGGUAGGCCCCCUGAGCCGCCAGUCAUCUAUGGGAGCCCGCCCAGCAUCGUGGAGACAGGUCACGGCCGUCGUCUGAUUGGUUCGUACCGACUGGGUCAGCUUCUCCCCACUGCUGUCUACUCACACAUGAAGAUGCACAAGAGGAUUCUGGGACAUCUGUCCUCUGUCUACUGCGUCACCUUCGACCGCACUGGACGGCGCAUCUUCACCGGUUCAGAUGACUGCCUGGUGAAGAUUUGGGGGACGGACGAGGGCCGUCUACUGGCAACGCUGAGAGGACACGCUGCUGAGAUCUCCGACAUGGCCGUGAGCUAUGAGAACACCAUGCUAGCUGCAGGUAGCUGUGAUAAGACCAUCAGAGUAUGGUGUCUUCAGACCUGUGUUCCUCUAGCAGUACUGGAAGGACACUCUGCAUCCAUCACCUCUCUACAGUUCUCUCCUUUGGUCAGCGGUUCUAAGCGGUUCCUGUCCUCCACCGGAGCCGACGGGACCAUCUGCUUCUGGCAGUGGGACGCACGCACUCUCAAGUUCGGUCAGGGGCCUGGUAAGUUCACGGAGCGGUCCAGACCUGGAGUUCAGAUGAUCUGCUCUUCCUUCAGCGCAGGGGGUAUGUUCCUAGCUACAGGUAGUACAGACCACAUCAUCAGAGUGUUCUACUUCGGUUCUGGACAACCACAGAAGAUCUCUGAGCUGGAGUCACACACUGAUAAAGUGGACAGCAUCCAGUUUUCAAACUGCAGUGACAGGUUUGUGAGUGGCAGCAGGGAUGGUACAGCUCGUAUCUGGCAGCUCCAUCAGCAGGAGUGGAGGAGCAUUCUACUGGACAUGCAGGCCAAGUUACCAGGGAAGUACAAUCCCCCUCCGCUGGAGGACAAGGUGACCAAGCUGAAGGUUACCAUGGUAGCCUGGGAUCGUCACGACAACACAGUCAUCACCGCUGCCAACAACCUGACGCUCAAAGUCUGGAACUCCACCACCGGAAACCUCAUCCACAUACUGAUGGGUCAUGAGGACGAGGUGUUUGUCCUGGAGCCACACCCCUUUGACCCCCGCAUCCUGUUCAGCGCCGGGCAUGAUGGGAAUGCCAUCGUCUGGGACCUGGCCCGAGGGGUCAAGAUACGAUCCUACUUCAACAUGAUUGAAGGUCAAGGCCAUGGGGCGGUAUUCGACUGUAAGUGUAGUCCUGAUGGACAGCACUUUGCUGCUACAGACUCACAUGGUCACCUGCUCAUCUUCGGCUUUGGUUCCAGCAGCAAGUAUGACAAGAUAGCAGAUCAGAUGUUUUUCCAUACUGACUACCGCCCGUUGAUCCGCGAUGUUAAUAACUACGUGUUGGACGAGCAGACCCAGCAGGCACCACACCUCAUGCCCCCUCCCUUCUUGGUGGACGUGGACGGGAACCCCCACCCUCCUCCAUACCAACGCCUCGUACCCGGACGGGAGAGCUGCAGAGACCAACAGCUCAUACCACAGAUGGGAGUCACCUCCUCAGGCCUGAACCAGGUGGUCAGUGAACAGGCUGUUGAAGGAGCCUCUCCUCUAGACAACAUGAUUCACAGACUUCAACAGGAGCAGGACCAGAGACUGUCUACCGACACACACAACAGAGAGGUUCACUCCCCCCCCAACGUGGGUCUGCGUCGCAGUGGUCAGAUCGAGGGUGUGAGACAGAUGCACAGCAAUGCCCCCCGGAGCCAGAUGGCCACAGAGACAGACCUGGUAGCAUGGAGCAGGAGGGUACUGGUCCCUGAGCUGGGGGACGCUGAGCUCAGGAAACAGCUAAACUGGAGGGAGGCUAAAGGAGAGGAGGAGAUCAGUGUCUACAGAUCAGAGGGGAGGAGACACACUGCCCACCUACACAGAGAGAGCAAGGUAUCCUCUCCAGACUGUGUAGGGGUGGAGGAGGGGAGGAGAAGUCAUGGUAACCAUGGCUACCAGACGCGUGCGGCUGUGGAGGAGACGAGUCGGCACAGCGCUGAGAUUGCUGAUGAUGACGACAACAACAGCAUCUCAGAGGGAGAGGUAGAUGUGCAUCCUAACCCUGUGAAUGGGAACUCUUCAGAGGAGGAGAAGGAGGAAGAGGAGAAGGAGCCCUGGCCUGAAGACCACAGCAGCUCCAGUGACUACUCCAGUGACUACUCUGACUGGACAGCAGAUGCAGGGAUCAACCUGGAACCUCCGAAGAAGAGCGUGAAGGUGAAAAAGAAGAGCAGCAGCUCUGAGGAGGAUGGAGAGAAGAAGAGAGAGGGAAAAAGAGACAGGAAGAAAGACAAAGCAGACAAAGAUGGAGCGCUACCAAAGAAGAAGCCGCCAAAGGAGAGGAGGAAGAGGGUAGAGUUCCAGGAAGAGGGACUAACUCUAGAGGAGUGGCUUCCGUCAGCCUGGAUCACAGACACAGUCCCUCGGAGAUGUCCCUAUAUACCACAGAUGGGAGAUGAGGUUUACUACUUCCGUCAGGGUCAUGAGGCGUAUGUAGAGAUGACCAAACAGAACCAGAUCUACAGCAUCAACCCUAAGAAACAACCCUGGCACAAGAUGGAGCUACGGGAGCAGGAGCUGGUGAAGAUAGUUGGGCUAAAGUAUGAGGUUGGUCUCCCCUCUCUCUGCUGCCUCAAACUGGCCUUCCUGGACCCUGAUACUGGCAAGCUGACUGGAGGCUCCUUCUCCAUGAAAUACCACGACAUGCCUGACGUGAUUGACUUCCUGGUUCUGCGGCAGCAGUUUGAUGACGCGAGAGACCACAACUGGACCAUAGGUGACAGGUUCAGGUCGGUGAUAGACGAUGCCUGGUGGUUCGGGACUAUUGAGGACCAGGAGCCCUUCCAACCAGAGUACCCAGACAGCCUGUUCCAAUGCUACAACGUCUGCUGGGAUAAUGGUGACACGGAGAAGAUGAGUCCUUGGGACAUGGAGCCUAUCCCCAACGAGGUAGUGUUUCCAGAGGAGCUGGGUCAGAGCGUCCCUCUAACAGAGGAGGAGCAGAGAGAGCUGCUGUAUGUUCCCCUGGAGGGGGAGUGGGGCGCCGCCACGCGGAACCACGAGUGUCAACGCAUCGUCAACGCCAUCGACCAGCUUACCACACUCGAUGUAGCUGUACCGUUUGCCUUGCCAGUAGAUCUCCAGGCUUAUCCUUCCUACUGUACUGUAGUAGCCUACCUCACGGACCUCAGCACCAUACGGUCCAGGCUGGAGAACCGCUUCUACAGGCGUAUGUCAUCGUUGAUGUGGGAGGUGCGUUAUAUUGAACACAACGCUCAAACCUUUAAUGAAACUGGAGCCUUCAUCGUUAAAACGGCCAAGUUCGUCUCUGACCUCAUGCUCAGCUUCAUCAAGGACCCCACUAUGACUGACAUUAUUCCUCUCUACAACACCAUGAAGAAGACUGCUUUCUCUGACACCGAGGAUGAGGAUGAUGAAGACGAGGAUGAAGAUACAGACACUCCUGGAACGUCCACACGAAACAGGAAGGGUCGUGGCGUUGGUCUGCAGCAGCUGCAGCGUCGCGGUGGUGUAAGGCGAGGCCGGCCCUUAGACCCCCAGGCCUGGCGGGGGCGCAGCAAGGAGCUGAUAGACCUGCUCUUCCAGUGUGAAGACUCAGAACCCUUCAGACAACCUGUCGACCUGGAACAGUACCCCGACUAUCUGGACAUCGUGGACACCCCCAUGGACUUUGGGACGGUGAGGGGGAUGCUAAGAUCGGGGGAGUACACCUCUCCCCUGGAACUCUACCAGGACGUACGGCUCAUCUUCAGCAACUCUAAAGCUUACACACCCAGCAAGAAGUCCCGGAUCUACAGUAUGAGUCUCCGUCUGUCUGCGUUGUUUGAGGAACAUGUCAACUCCAUCCUGGCUGACUACAAAGCCACCCAUGGACAGACGGACAGAAAGACGAGACAUAGAGCAGACAGACAAACCAGACACGUGGUGGACAGACAAACCGACAGACAGACCAGACACGUGGUGGAAAGACAAACCGAAAGACAGACCAGACACGUGGCGGACAGACAAACCGACAGACAGACCAGACACGUGGCGGAAAGACAAACUGAAAGACAGACCAGACACGUGGUGGACAGACAAACCGACAGACAGACAAGACACGUGGCGGCCAGACAAUCCGACAGACAGACACGACAAGCUAUGAAGAGGAGGAGGAGUGACUCUCCCUCCAGCAGCGCUGCCUCAAGCCCAGAGAGGAAGAAGCGUGUGUCAUCGAGGGGUGUAUCCAGACUAGAUUCCUUGGCCCCACCCACGGCUCCAGCUGCAGCCCCACAGCGCCCCCCCUCCUUGAGACAGACCCUCCCCAUUCGACAGCCCCUCCCCCUCCUCAAUGGGAAGGCAGAACAACAGAUCCCCGGACGAACACGCAGCGCCAGGACACAAACACCCUCCACAGCAGACAUGCACAGCACUGCAGCCUCCCCUCGUAGCCCCUCACCCCAGGCUACUGCCCACCUGAAUGGCCACAGUAGUCAGGAGACAGUGGGCGUGUCUACAGGUCGGAGGGGACGGAGACCCAGAGCACUGACCCCUGAACCCAGUCCUAGCCCUGCCCCCAAGGGUCGCCCUCCCGGCAGGAAGAGAGGCAGGAAGUCCAAACAGGAACUAGAGGCCAUGAGGAGGGGCCUCCGGCGAAGCUCCACCCCAGAGGACAAGCUCAACCAAUCCACAGGCGACGAGGGCGGGACUUCCUCUGCCCAGGAAGCGUCUGUGCUGUCGGGGGCCGGACUUCCAGGAACGCCACGGCGCCGCGGUAGGCCAAGACUGGUCAGGACAGAGAUAGCCCCUCCCCCUUCCAGCCCCGACCCCUCCCCUUCCCCAUUGAGGAGGAGCAGCCGGCGAAUCAACGACGAGAUGACUCCCCCUGCCCAGUCUCUGCAACAAUCACAGCGCGUGAGGGCAUCGCCACAGGACGAAAACGACGAUGAAGAGGAGGAGGCGGAACAGGAAGGAGAGGGGUCAGCGGGAUCGAUGCGUACGCGUAACCGGGGCCGACGGACGGCAUACUACACGGAGGAGGACUCAGAGGAGGAGGAGCAGAGACAACUCCUGGUUGAAGACUCCUCCCUCACCUUCGGCACUUCCUCCAAGGGGCGUGUCCGCAAGCUCACAGACAAGGCCAAGGCCAACCUCAUCGGCUGGUAACCAUGACAAGCAACCGCCCCGCCAUUAUUAUGGGAUGGUUACCACGACAACCACACCCUGGUAACCACGACAACCAUGCAUUUACUUUGGGCUGGUAACAAAGACAACCCCCCACUUCCAGACCAGAGGAGAAGAUUGGUUCGUCUGACUACGCCAUGUUGUAGAGCAGGCUGCUCCUGGUGUCUCCCCGUCCCCAUACUCUCCCCUCCACACCGUAGACCAGCCUGAAGGUCCUCUCUCAUUGGUCCUUGGAUGACUCUCCCACAAACACCUAGUCUCCUGUGGGGUUUGACUCCGUCUUCUGAACAGACAACCACAUGACCAUGGACACACACACAUACAGACGCUGUAAAAGCUUCCUGUGUCUCCUUAUGUGGUCAACAGGACCGUAGACUGACUCUGCUCUCUGCCUGUUCUCUCUGACUGUCUCUCUGACUGUCUCUCUGACUGUCUCUCUGACUGUCUCUCUGACUAUCUCUCUGACUGUCUCUCUGACUAUCUCUCUGACUGUUCUCUCUGACUGUCUCUCUGACUGUUCUCUCUGACUGUUCUCUCUGACUGUUCUCUCUGACAGUUCUCUCUGACAGUUCUCUCUGACUGUUCUCUCUGACCGUCUCUGCUUGUUCUCUCUGACAGUUCUCUCUGACAGUUCUCUCUGACUGUUCUCUCUGACUGUCUCUGCUUGUUCUCUCUGACAAUUCUCUCUGACAGUUCUCUCUGACUGUUCUCUCUGACUGUCUCUCUGACAGUUCUCUCUGACCGUCUCUCUGACCGUCUCUCUGCUUGUUCUCUCUGACAGUUCUCUCUGACUGUUCUCUCUGACCGUCUCUCUGACCGUCUCUCUGACUGUUCUCUCUGACUGUCUCUCUGACUGUCUCUCUGCUUGUUCUCUCUGACAGUUCUCUCUGGCCGUCUCAAUGUGUGUUCAUGUUUGCAUGUGUGUGUGCACAACACCAAAUGGGUAGGGAGUGUGCAUAACACCAAAUGGGUAGCGAGUGUGUAUCAUAGUGAGUUGUGUGGUGGUUCUAUCCAGAGAGAGAGAGAGAGAGAGCGGAUUGAAGGUUGUGUCUGUAUGAAAGACAGUCCUCAUCAUUAGCAAUACCUGGUGCCUUUCUGUGGGGUUUACCUGUGUGUGGGUGGGUGGGUUGGUGUGGGUGGGUUGGUGUGUGUGUGUGUGUGUGUGAGAGAGAGAGAGAUCUGUGUAGUUUAGUGUACAACCAGUGCUGUCAUAUAGUUUGAUGGAAGUUGAUAUCAGAGUGUAUUCUUGAUAAGAGACGUUGUCAUCUGUCUGUACUAUAGGCCAGAUAUUGUUGUUCAGUUGAAGAUUCAGAGGUUAGCCUGGUCUCGGAUUGGUUUGAGCUAUCCCGUCAUCUCCUUGGUAUGACUGAGAGGCAAGGAGUGGCAUGAUGGCACAAACAGACUGGUACCCAGGCUAUAUAUCUUUAACCCUGUUGUCCAGUUAGCAGAGGGACUAGACACCUUGUAUCAUUUGAAUGAAAUCUAAUUAAAUGUUGAUAUUUCAAAUGUCUGUUUGUAAGGUGAUCACAUCCUACCGAAGGCUGUGGCGGGCAUGAUGCUUCGUCCACCGGUUAUUGUCAUGGAAAAAUACUCUCGGUCUCAUGAUAAUGAACCGUUAAUUAACAUAAAUACAUUUAGCAUCUCCAGGCCUCCGAACAAGCCGCUGAUGCGCGCCUUUCGGGACAUCUACAUUUAAAAGUCAAAUAAAUAAAUGUAAUAUA